AUGGCCAAUUCGUUCCCCUCGACACCUUUCACAUCGCCCUCUUGGUCUAGAGAACAGGAUGAAAACUCUUUUGUCAAAUUGCAGCUUCCGCCGACUCGUCCGCUCGUCUCCCCAGUAUACACGGGGCAUUCAAGCACAAGUAAUACUCUGCUUGAGAUUUUACCCAAACGAACAAUAUUUAAUCCUUGGUCCGACUUUGACGGCAAGGUGAGAACUGCACGUGAUGAUAGCAGAACUCUUAUCGCUUCUCUCCCUGACAAGGAAAGGUUUGAAGUUGGGUGCAGGUUUAUUGGAGCUAAGCAGCAAUUAACAGAGAGUUUUAUCAUAACCUCCGAGACUAAUACGUCGCAUGUUGCAUUGAGUGCUUCUGCUUCUGUGGCUUGUGUUUAUGGAAAGCUCAACAAAAGGCCAACAAUCGCUACCGCUGGUUACAACAAACGCAUUCCAUCGUCCGUGUUCCGGUACGGUGGGUCGCCACCGAUUGAUUUGGUCUUCCGUCGUUCUCCAGCGUUUUUGUUUUCGGAGGGUAUGGACCUGAAUCAAGAACAAAUCAUUUUGGUGGCAGGAGUAGCGAAGGGGUCGUCAAUGCCGCUCAUUCCAGCUCCUGCUCAGGAGAAUUCUUCAGUGCAUGUUGCCGCCGCGCACAAUGGCGGAUUUAAAACGGAGGGGAAGAGCUGGUACGUGAGAAUGAUGUCACAGGCCUUGAUACACGGCAUGCAUACGAAGAAUGGGUGCGUCUUAUUAACAAACCACAACGACGCCAUGUUCAUGAAGGUUAAAGCGCACAGUGGGAGGAGCGGAUGGAAACUGGAGGUCGAGGUUUCCAGGCUUUACAAGUGUAACGCGGACGAGUCCUCGUUUCAUGGCAUCAUCGCGGUGCUCCGCGAAAGCGACACCAGCCCUGACAGGGGCGAUGAAUUGCAAGCAGCGUUCAAUGAUUUUCAACAGACUCGCCUGAGGAAGAACCCGCGUGAAAGCUCUGGGCCCAAUGAUAGUAGUUGCAACGUUUUGAAACCCGAGGAGAUAACAACGGGACUGGGCUCUCGUGUCAGUGAGGCGGCAUCUGAUCGUAAUGGCACCAAAGCUGCAAAUACGGCAGCAUAUAUCCAGAACAGACAUAAGCGUCCGAAAACCCAGGACAGCGCAUUAUUUGAACAAGAUGCAGCACCGUUGUAUCAGCCAGAACUGAUCCGCCGUUUAAUGGAGGCUUCAGAUGACAUCAUCACGACGGACGGACACUCGACGGUGUUGCGGAGCUGGAAUGGUGACAUGGAAGUAGCCGUGAAGUACUGGAACUGCGCCAGCCAAGAAGGAUUAGAUAUGAUCGUGAACGAGGCUGAGUUGUUCGAGGAAAUCGCAGAUAGAUGUCCACGCUUGUUAGGGACGGUGUUACCGCGUGUAGUGGCGCUUUGGAAAGAACCAGCCACGGACACAGUGGUCGUGACAGAGCACGUGGGAGAAUCUUUGAGCAUAGAAACGAACGAAAACGGGCUCAAUGAAGUUUUGAUGUGUGGGACUGUUGUGCUUGGCAGCAGAGAUAGUGAAUUGCUAACACAAGCGGCGCACGAAGCACUUAAAGAGCUUCAUGAGACUGGAUUGCGACACAUGGACAUCGGCACGCGGAACAUGAGGGCGAAACGAGAGAUUGAUGAGAAGGGAGCAGUGAUCUGGAGGGUGUGGUUUAUUGACCUUGGGCUGGCGUACUUUUCACAGGAUGACCGUGAUAAAGAACAGGAUGAGAACGAUCUACGACGUGCAUGUGCCACCAAGUUCAGUAGAUCAACAUGUGACACUGCCGCACCCGUGGAUUCCAGCGAAUCGACGAGUGACGACGAGAAUGAGGAUUGUUUCCCUUAGAAUACGGUACACCAUAUCUGGUGUAUAACCAUGUACAGCAGUCGUCCUUGAUGAACAGCAAUAGUACUGCGCAGUGGGCAGUAAAAAGGAGGUUGUAGU